AUGUCAAAAUUUCCAUUAUUCCAACUUCCGGGCGUUCCACGAACAUUGGUGUUUCAGUUGAUGGAUCCAGAGCAAGUAAUCGAGCUCACAUUCAUCUACCGAGCCAUCAAGGAGACAGUCAGUUUAUCAAAGCUCCGUGCUUCUCAUUUCCUCCUUCUUCUUCACAAUCCACCAUGCAACUCUAUAAAAAUUGUUAUUCAAUUUUCCGAAAACUCAAUCAACUUCACACUGAUUGCCAAGAUCGAAUAUUCAGAAGAGGCUUUCUCAAGUUGGGAAAUUGAUGGAAAUCCCGUUCACGGACAGAAGUUGAACAAAACGAACUUCUCCUUAUUCUUUGGUAAAACAUACUCCGAUCAAGAACUUGUUGUGAAAAGUCUCACUCAACAUUUCCAUGAAAUAAUGCGAUUCAAUGAUUACAGUUUCCGAGCAAUUCAAGUUUCACUGAAAAGUAUUAUGAGCAAUUUCAUAUGGAAACACACUAAAAAGUUCCGUGAUUUUGUAUACUAUCAGAAUGAAAUCGACACUUCUGCAACAUCGAAAGAACUCAAGUUUUUGUUAGAAGAGAUCACAGUAAAUCAACUGGAAUUGAGACUGAAACCUGAAAUACAUCCAACAAUUUCUAAAUUGAAAUUGAAACAUUCAACAAUGCAGCUGGAUUAUUCUCUAUCAAUCCAUUUCGAUAGUUACUUUGAUAUGAAGUGUGAAAAAGUAUGGAUUACUGUAUCAAUAGUCAACUCCGAGGAUAUUGUGAAUUUCGUGAGAAAUUGGUUAGAUAGAAAUCUGGAAAAUCUGCAAUUUUUCUCGGUGGAAAUAAGGAAUGACGUGUUCGACGAAGAUUUCAUAUUUUCAAAAUUCAAGCAGUUUAUGAUUGAAUUUCCACCUGAUCAUCCGAAACACAACACAAGACCAAAUAUCAGGGAUAUCAAACAGUCAAGUGGAAAGUCGGCACGACUUUCAUUUUAUUUGAAAAAAUUUGAAUUCGAAGUUGAAUAG